AAUUGUGAUGUUAGUAAAAAAUGAAAAAACGACUUCACUGGGGAUCGAACCCAGAAUCUCUGGUUCCGUAGACCAGCGCCUUAUCCAUUGGGCCAUGAAGUCCUUGUUGAUACUAGUCGUAAAAUACACAGUAUUAAAUAUACUGUAAAUCUGUAAGUAAGAAUAUUAUUACUUUGCAUUUAGUUGAGCUGUUUGUUUCUUUUGCAAUGCAACUUUUGCCGCCGAGUGACCGAUAACUCGGGAAAGCGUCAGCGGAUAGAACAAAAGUUUGGUGACUCAACAACCGGAAAGCGCUUCUACACCGGCAGCAACAAAAAGCUCUUAUUAUUAUAAUCUAUUUUCCACCACCUUCUUUUUUUCCUCUUACAAAUUAUGAUUAUGUAAAUAGAUUAUGAUUAUCAACUUCACCGGUGAACCGUGAUAGAAUAUAGGAAUCAAAGUAUCAUUGUUAUUAUUAUUAUUAUUAUUGACAAAUUAAACGGUGGAAAUUGCUUUGAUUUGAUGAAUUCCAAAAAUAGGAAUUGAAAGAAAAAAAAAUGGGUCAAAAUAAAACGCAAUCGUUUCGGAGCAAAGCAGUCCACCUUGUUUCGGAUCUAACCACUGUUCUUCUCAACCCUAUUUCUGACCAUAACAACAACAACAAACCCUCUCUUUCUUCUUCCGAAGAAGAGAGGGUUGAUGAUGAAUUAAAUGAAAGUGAGUUAGAGGUUGAUGCUAAUGGACCUGAUACGUCGUCGUUUACUGCAUUUUUGUAUUCAUUUUUGUCUUCAACUUCGGAUUCUAGAGAUAAUGAUGGAAAUGAUGAUGAUGAUGAUGUGAGUGUAGUAGGUGAUGAUAUUGAUGAUGAAAUGAAUGAAAAUUUAGUUGUGAAGAAGGGAUUGUUAUCUAAGGGUAAACAAUCAAUUGGUAAAGCUAUUUAUGUGGUUGCUAGAAUGGGUGGAUUUCGAAGUGGGAAUCGUGGUAGGGAUAAUUUUGAGUCGGAUGAGUGUGGUGUUGAGAUGAAGAGUAUUCAGAAGUUGAAAGAGGUUCCGAGUGUGGAUUUGGUUGAUCGUUUGCCGGAAAUUUCGGAGCCUUCGAUGUUGAUUUCGAAUAGUUUGAGGAAUGCGGUUUAUGAUUCACUUCCGAGUCUUAUUCAUGGGAGGAAAUGGUUGAUGUUGUACAGCACAUGGAAACAUGGGAUAUCACUUUCAACUCUUUACCGGAGAAGCUUGCUUUUGCCUGGACCAAGUUUGCUGGUUGUUGGAGACCGAAAAGGAGCAGUGUUUGGUAGCUUGGUUGAAGCACCCCUUCGACCAUCCACCAAGAGAAAAUACCAGGGAACAAACAGUACAUUUGUUUUCACAAACAUCUCUGGUCAUCCUGUCAUAUAUCGUCCAACAGGAGUAAACCGUUACUUCACACUUUGUACCACUGACUUUCUAGCGAUUGGUGGGGGAGGUCAUUUCGCUCUUUAUUUGGAGGGUGAUUUAUUGAACGGGUCAAGUUCCGUCUCCGAAACUUAUGGCAAUCCUUGCUUAGCACACACACCAGAAUUUCAAGUGAAGGAAGUAGAGUUGUGGGGCUUUGUAUUUCCUUCAAAGUAUGAAGAAAUAUUGAAAUUGAGCAGAACAGAGACACCUGGGAUCUGUCGCUGGUAAAUAUCUCUGAGCAUGAAUCAGAUGUUAAUCAAAGCCUUGCAGUUUGCAUUUUACUGAAUGGUCAUGCUGAGCCACAAACCUGACAUUUUCGGAGAGUAAGCGAUGCAGAGUUGAUAGACAAUGUGAUGCAAAAGUUUGUAUGAAUCCACCCUUAUUAUAUCACCAUGUAACUACAUGCUUGUAAAUAUUUGCAAUGCUAUAUGUAUAUACAGAGCUCAUACCCAUUACAAAAUGGCCUAUUUUGUGUAGAAUAAGAAUUGGAGUAAAUGUAUAUGUUCGGUUAAACAGCUAAAGGAAAACAAAGGAUAACCACACCAUUCUAUGAGACUCAUAUGAUAGAGUGUGUUAAGAGAACUAGAGAAUCUGUUAGAGAGUGUUUUCCAA